GUUUUGAUAAAUCUCCCCCUAUGUGACCUGGGAUCAUCCCUGUGAAGGAAAAACACUGAAAGAGUUUGCAGGGAUACAACCCUAUUCCUAUGAAACUCUCUGUAUUCAGUAUGUCUUCCUCAAAACCAAGUGGUAGUAAAAGUAAACGAAAAAUUGCUGAAGAACACCGAAAUUUCCAAGAAAAGUGGGAAUUUAAGUUUUUUUGCUGUGAAGUAAGCGAUAAAAUCAUCUGCUUGAUAUGUAAUGAUGCUAUUAGUGUACCAAAGUUAUAUAAUAUUAAACGUCACUAUGAACAACAUAAAACAAAAAAUGACAAUUAUGAAGGAUUAAUGAGACAAGAAAAAUUGAAACAGCUCAAGUUGGGGCUGAAAAAACAACAGUUCAUGUUUACUAAAGUAUCACAAGAAAGUGAAGCGGCGGUGCAUGCAAACUAUGUCUUGUCAGGAUUGAUUGCUAAACAUUCGAAAACUUUUACCAAAGGUUAUUUCAUCAAGGAAUGUUUAAUAAAAGCUGCAGAAAUUGUUUGUCCUGGAAGUGUGAAGGCUUUUCAAGUAAUCUCUUUGUCUCGAAAUACAGUUGUGGAAAGAGUUACUGAUUUGGCUGCCAAUUUAUGUGAUCAGUUAAAAUCAAAAUCAUCUAGUUUCAAAGCUUUUUCCAUUGCCUGUGAUGAGAGUACGGACAUUGGGGGCGUAGCUCAGUUAGCUGUGUUUCUUCGUGCGUGUGACACGGAUUUCAACAUUUUUGAGGAAUUAUUGGAACUAGUACCAAGGCGCGGCACUACAACAGGAAAAGAUAUAUUUAUUUGUGUUGAUGAAGUUCUGCAAAAAUACAAUCUACCUCUGUCAAAAUUAAAUUCUGUAGCUACAGAUGGAGCUCCUUCAAUGACUGGAAAAACCAACGGUUUUGUAGAAUAACUAUGAAAGAAACAAAGUG